AUGGCUACCCGCUCCAGGACAGCCUCUCAAGCCCAAUCCCCCUUUGAUCAAGGAUACCUGGAACCCGCACUUCCGCCAACCACCUCUGUUGAAUUUGGCAAGGUAUCCCUUGAACAAGUCACACGGCUCCUCCUUGGCCUCCUUGGCCAAAUUGAACGCCUUGAGCAAGAAAUUGCCGAGAUCAAGGAAGCCGGAAUCGAGACCCGGACAAAUGUUGAGAACAUCUCCCAAACUGUCAAUGUUGUCAAGGAUGGGCUCAGGUCCCUACAAACCCAUGGUCCCCGCACACCCAAAGGACUCCAAACCAAGGCUGUGGAAGAAACGCCACGCCCCCUACCAAAAACCGAGCCUGUUGGAUUGGCUACUGCUCCCCCGCAAGUACCAUCUCCCCCUCCAUCUCUGCGUCUCCAAUCCCCGAUUGGGACAUCCGCCCCUCCACCUCCGGCUCCAGUUGCCGCCUAUCCCGCUCCAGUCAAGGUUGACCACCCCGACGCCUACACAGGCAAAAUAGGGAGCGAAGCAAAGCAGUGGCUAACUCGUAUGUUAGCCUGGACCCGUCUCAACUCCCAAAUGUUCCCCACCAAUCAAGAGGUAUUAUCCUUCCUCUUGAUGAAUAUGAAGGACACUGCUGGGGCCUGGGCCCACCCUCACCUCAACCAGCUAGGCUCGCACCGGGCCAUUAUUCAGACGGUCAAAGGUUUCAAACUGGAGUUUUUGGCGGCAUUUGGUGACCCUGACGCCACAAGGGCUGCCAAGCGGAAGAUCACCACUCUCACCCAGUCCGGCACAUGCACGGACUACAUCACAAACCGCCAGAUUGCCACCCGCAAGCACCAACCCCGCACCCUCCUCGAGCUGCAAAACGCAGCACUUGUCAUCAACAACGCUCUCCGCAAAGAGCGCGCUAGCCACCCACCAAGGGAUAAUAAGUCUAGCAAAUCAUCCAACCCCGCAAGGGGGACAAGUACCGGUCAAUCAACUACCGGUUUGAAGAAGCUCUCCGAUGACCCCAACUUUGUAUCGGAGGAGGAACGCAAUUGCCGCCGCGCCGCAGGCGCCUGUAUCAAAUGCGGUAAAAUGGGUCAUAAGUUUGCAGAGUGCCGCACGGGCUGGAAGGCCACCCCUAUCGAGGAAAAGGGGAAGGCCAAGGAAACCGCCAAGAUUGGCAAAGACUCCAAGUACCAGUUGGGAAAAGAUAACAAUAGAAUUUCCCCCCUGUUCACAAUCUCGAUUAAACCAGAGAAACAAGCGGAACACUUAGAAGUCCUGAUAGACUCAGGCGCCACAUUGUCAUUCCUUCACCCCCGUACCGCUGAGGCAUUACGCCUACCUCUCAUAGACCUCCCAACUCCCCGCACCGUUACUAUGCUCGAUGGGUCAAGCCCCCAGGCUGGCAAAAUCUGGAAAAAGGCGUCACUAACCUUUACCUUUGAUGGCAAGAAGAUGACGGAAACAUUCCUCAUAUGUAACACUGGAAACCACUCAGCCAUCUUAGGCCUAAAAUGGUUGGACGCCCAUAACCCGGAAAUAGAUUGGAACUUGCGCACCCUCUCAUUCCCUCACACGCCCCCAGAACACGUAGCCAUUGCCAAAGAGGAGGAAGCUGACAAGAAACCCCUUGAAGGAGUACCCUCCAAGUACCACCAAUACGCUAAGGUAUUUGGAGAAGAAGAAUUCAAUAAGCUCCCACCUCACAGGCACUGCGACAUUGGAAUUGAACUCACCAAGGAAGGCCCCCUUAAUUUGCCUCUCUAUAGUAUGACCGACGCUGAGUCCGCCACGCUCAAGGACUGGCUUAGGGACAAACUCAAGGCGGGCAAAAUACGUCCUAGCAAAUCUCCCAUCAGCUCCCCCGUGAUGUUUGUCCCUAAAAAAGAUGCUCCUCCACCUCCACCUGCUGGUACUAGCGCAGCCACCUCCACCAAUCCCCCACCUGCCCCUACAUCUUCUAAUUCAGAUCUGAAGUUUGCCAAGCCCAACAAGUUUGGUGGUAAAAAGGAAGACGCCCUCAACUUUAUUAUUGCCUGUCAGGCAUAUAUAAGGGCAAAAGGAGCUAAUAGAUCCCACAAAGAGAAAAUAUUGUGGGUAACGUCAUAUUUUGAAGGUGCAGCAGAAGAUUGGGUUUGCCCCUAUAAAGAAAGGAAGGUUUUCAGGGGAGAAGCGGUCCCAUUAUUGGAGGAUAUUGGCAUAUUCUGGGCAGAGUUCACUAAGCAUUAUGUGGACACUAAUUGCGAUGAGAAGUACCGUCAAAAAUGGAAUAACUUGCGGCAGAAGGCAUUGGUUCAGGAAUAUACCCGGGAAUUCCAACAAUACUCCGUGUCCCUGGGUUACAGCAAUGAGACACUGCGCGACAAGUACUAUGACGGUCUAAAAAAUGAAAUCAAGGAUAUUAUGCUAUCCACUAUGUUCCAAUGGCGUCGCGCUACAGCCCAACAGGUUUAUGACAAGGCAGAGGAAAUUGCUAACCAUAUUGAAUCUACACGUCUAUCCAACCCCUCUGUCUCCACUGUUUGUGCCACUCCUACUGUUGUCCCCACUUCCACUUCCAACCCCACUCCCGCUCGCACUUGUCUCAACGUUGGGGACAAUGUCUACAUGAUUGAUCCCACUACUCGCCGCGCCAAGAAAGGCGCCAUCACCUCAAUUGUAUGCACAACUUCUGGCAAUAUGCCCAACAUCAGGUGGAAUGGGGAAACCAAGGACACAAUGAUCCCAUUCCCAUCCCUCAAAAAAGAUGAAUGCCCUGCUGCCGCUACGCCUGUUAAAACCAUCAUUGCGCCUACUCCUGUUCUAGCCUCAAACUCUAAAGGUCCAGGCCCCAUGGAUCUUGAUGGAAGAGGAUUUUCAAGCCUUACAUGCCAUGUAUGCGGCGGAAAAGGUCAUUUUGCGCGCAAUUGUCCCUCUAAGCCCAUGUCUGGACAUGUGGCUAACGUUGAAUGGUCUUGGGAAAGGCCUAAAGAGGAAAAUCGGAUCAAAGUUGUCUCUGACAAGGAGGAGUCAGGAAAAGGAAAAGCCAAGGCCGAUUAA